AUGACCAUUUUAAAUUCGAUCCGAAAUAAUAUUCUUUAUAAGAAUUCGGAAAUUCUCUUCUAAAUGUAUAUUCACAAAUCUCAAAGUUAUUUUUAGAAAAAGAAGAUAUAAAAAUAUACACGAAAAAUGCUUCGAUAUUCGAGAAUUAAAUAGUAUGGAUAUUAAAUAAAAAAUGCGAAUUAAAAACCUUCCAAAAGCCAAUGGAACUAUUAGAAAAAAUACACGAAAAAAUAAAAGAAAAUUAAGAUUUUUUCCAUAUAAUAUCUUUAGACGAAGAUUUUUAAGAAGAAAAAGAACUAGAAGAAAUCCUCGAAAUAAUACUAGGAAUAAAAGAAAACUAAGAAAAAAAAGGAAUCUAAAAAAGCAAUAUCUACACUAUAUUAAACAUCUCCAAUUUUAUAUUAAAAAAGCCUAAUUUUUUCGAAAAAAAUAUACUUUAUUAUAUAAUAGAUUUUUUCAUUAUAAAUCCACAAAAAACCCUCUUAGGAGGUUUAAAUAAAACACCGAAUUUAGUUUUUUGUAAAAAAAAUACAGUUAUAAAUUUUUUAUAAGACAAAGGAAGAAAAAGCUCCUAAAAUUUAAAUUUUAACCUUAAUAAAAUAUAUACUUUAGUAUCUAUUUUAUAAGCUUUUAAUAAAAUUUCCUUUGAAAAAAUCAAUGAAUAAAACGAAAAAAAUACUCUAAUUUUACAAUAAAUAUUAAAUGAUAAAUAAAAGCAUCAAGAUUAAAAAAAAACGCUUAAAAUUCUCCAAGAAAGUUAAAAUAUCUUCCAAAUACAAAUAAAUGUCUAAAAUUCACUCUUUUUUGAUUUAUAAAACCAGUCUUUUCUCCACCCAUAACUUCUAGUCUAAAUUUUAAACGAUUUUUUUGGUAUAUAAGCAUUUUGUGGGUACAAUAUAUAUUUAGAAAAAGACCACAAAAUACUAAAUGUGCCCAAAAAAAUAAUUUAUUGGAAAAAUUAAGAAUUCAAAAGCCAAAUAUAAUUCGGUCUGA